AUGCCUGGUUUGUGUCGGUCCAGUGGGUGCUGCUUGACACCCUUCUUGGUUGGAGGAGGUUUGGCGGAUGACGACCAGCUCAGCCAUGAGGACCACCUGGACACCAGCUGCAGCGAAAGGUCCCAGGACAGUCAGCUGGGAGAGGAGAAAAGCGUGAAGGAGGGAAUCCUAUUAAAGCAGACCAGCUCUUUCCAGAGAUGGAAGAGGAGGUACUUCAAACUCAGAGGAAGGACUCUCUACUAUGCCAAAGAUUGCAAGUCUCUUAUUUUUGAUGAAGUGGACCUCUCUGAUGCCAGUGUGGCCGAGACCAGCACCAAGAACAUAAACAACAGUUUCACAGUGAUCACGCCAUUCCGCAAACUAAUGCUAUGUGCCGAGAACAGGAAGGAAAUGGAAGACUGGAUCACGGCUCUCAAAUCUGUCCAAAAAUGGGAAACCUACGAGGCCAGUCAGUUCAACAUGGAACAUUUCUCCGGGAUGCACAACUGGUACGCCUGCUCGCACGCCAGACCGACCUUCUGCAACGUCUGCAGAGAAGCGCUGCCAGGCGUCACCUCCCACGGCCUGUCCUGCGAAGUUUGCAAGUUUAAGGCUCACAAACGCUGUGCUGUUCGCUCCACCAACAACUGCAAAUGGACCACUCUGGCCUCCAUAGGAAACGACAUCAUCGAGGAUGAGGAAGGGGUGUCCAUGCCCCACCAGUGGCUGGAAGGCAACCUCCCCGUCAGUGCCAAAUGUGUGGUGUGUGACAAGAACUGUGGCAGCGUGAGGCGGCUGCAGGACUGGCGCUGCCUCUGGUGCAAGGCCAUCGUUCACAACAGCUGUAAAGAACAAAUGGGAAAGGUGUGUCCAUUGGGUCAGUGUCGAGUCUCAAUCAUCCCUCCUACUGCACUUAACAGCAUCGACUCAGAUGGCUUCUGGAAGGCCACCUCUGCGUCAUGCUCCAGCCCGCUCUUGGUCCUAGUCAACUCCAAAAGUGGGGACAACCAGGGGGUGAAGUUCCUGCGCAAGUUUAAGCAGCUCCUGAACCCCGCUCAAGUCUUCGACCUGAUGAAUGGAGGACCAGAGCUCGGCCUGAGGCUCUUCCAGAAGUUUGUUACCUUUCGAAUUCUGGUGUGCGGGGGCGACGGAAGCGUGGGCUGGGUGCUCUCCGAGCUGGAUAAGCUCAACCUCCAUAAGCAGUGUCAGCUCGGCGUGCUGCCUCUGGGCACCGGCAACGACCUGGCCCGCGUUCUGGGCUGGGGAGGCCUCUGCGACGACGACGCUCAGCUGCUGCAGAUCCUGGAAAAGCUGGAGAGAGCCACCACCAAAAUGCUGGACAGAUGGAGCGUGAUGACAUACGAGGUGCCCAGCACCAAUAAGCACACGCCGAUAAUGAAGGAAGACGACAGCCUGGAUUCUCCUCUGCAGGUCCACAUCACUCAGUAUGCAGACUCGGUGGCCUCUCAUUUGGCCAAGAUCCUGGACUCAGACAACCACAGUGAUGUCAUAUCUUCUGCCAAGUUUCUGUGUGGGACUGUGAAUGACUUUGUGGCGGAGGUGGGGAAGGCGUACGAGAGAGCCACUGAGAACAAGGAGGAGGCAGAUGCCAUGGCAAAGAAGUGUUCACUGCUGAAUGAGAAACUUGAUUCCCUGGUCAAGGCCUUAAGUGAGGAAGCGGAAGCGCAGGUUGUGCCAGCAGGCUCAGUUCCCAGCCAGGAGAGCGGCAGCUCCAGUCCCGGUGAAAGCGGUGGCGAGUCGGGCUCAGAGGGCAAAACCUAUCGGUCCAAGGAGCAGCUGAUGCUCAGGGCCAACAGCCUGAAGAAAGCCCUCCGACAGAUCAUCGAGCAGGCCGAGAAAGUGGUGGACGAGCAGAACAGACACACGCAGGUCCAGAGGAUGCCGUCCUCGUCCUCCAUCAAGAGGGAGAACAGCGAGGAGCUGAAAGAGGCCGAGCCAGGAGGCCUGAGUCCCACCACCCCCAUCGUCCUGGAGAAGCCGGAGAGCCUCAAUUCAGUCACGUUCAGCGAGGACUCGGUACAAUGCUCAGAGAAGUGUGUGAUGAAUAACUACUUCGGCAUCGGCCUGGAUGCCAAAAUCUCUCUGGAGUUCAACAAUAAGAGAGACGAGCAUCCAAAAAAAUGCAGCAGUCGCACAAAGAACAUGAUGUGGUACGGGGUCCUGGGGACCAAAGAACUGGUCCAGAAGACGUACAAGAACCUGGAGCAAAGAGUCCAGCUGGAGUGUGACGGGGUGGCCAUGUCUCUGCCCAGCCUGCAGGGCCUGGCUGUUCUCAACAUCCCCAGCUAUGCAGGAGGCAUCAACUUCUGGGGAGGCACCAAGGAGGAUAACAACUUUGGUGCUCCGUCGUUUGAUGACAAGAAGCUGGAGGUGGUGGCGGUUUUUGGGAGUAUGCAGAUGGCCAUGUCCAGAGUCAUCAACCUGCAGCACCAUCGCAUUGCACAGUGCCGACAGGUGAAGAUCACCAUCCAGGGGGAGGAGGGCGUUCCCGUGCAGGUGGACGGGGAGGCCUGGAUCCAGCCCCCGGGCAUCGUCAAGAUCGUCCACAAGAACCGUGCUCAGAUGCUGACCAGAGACAGGGCGUUCGAGAGCACUCUGAAGUCUUGGGAGGAUAAGAGGAAGAUUGACACCUACCGGUCAGCCCGGCCCCGCCUCAACUCCCAGCAGUCCAUGGAGUACCUGACGGAGGAAGAGUGCGCUCAGGUCCAGCAGCUGGGCAUCGUGGCCGACACGCUCAUCAACAAGAUCCGCGAAGCAGCCAAGACGCACAAGCUGGUGGAGCAGGAGCUGGCUCACGCCGUCAACGCCACGGCCCUGGUGCUCACAGAGGCCAAACUGUCCAACCCCGAGUGUCUGAGUCGCAGCACGGCCGUGGAAAUAGUUAACAGCAGCAAGGUCCUUCAGGGUGAGACCAGAAUGCUGCUGGAUGGAAAACUACUGUCGGACUCUCCAGAGGAAGAGGAGCUGCGCUCGACUCUGAACAGCCUCAGCGCCGAGCUCCACAAGCUGGACGACAUCCACUGGAUCUGUCCGCACAUGCAGUGCUCCGAGGAGGACGCGGUGAGGAGCAGCAGUAAGAGCAGCAGCAGCAUGAAGCUGAAGAUCAUUCCCAAGGCCAAGAAGGAGAAGGAGAAGCUCCACAAGCAGAAGUCCAACAGCUCUCUGUCCGGGGCGUGGGAUAUCAAAGGAGGGGCUGCUGAGCCAGAUUCCUCAGGCAACUGAAGUCUCUUGCGUUGUCGCCAUGGCUACCAGAGGUGGAGAGCACCCCUUCUGUCCUCCUCCCUUCUAAACACGAUGCCCCGAGGCCUGACAGGGGCGUUGAGAAGAGAAGUGAAACCUUAUUCCAACAUUGAACUUUUUUGUCACUCCUCAUUUGGACGACAAGGAGGCUUUUUUUUUUUCUUCCUCUUCCUUCUUGUUUUUGAUGAAUUUUGAGAAGGGACGUGGCUUUGCGUUGCAUUUCUUCACCACUGCCGUUCUGCUGUUGGUUCUGUGAGUGAGGCCCGUAGGAAAUCAAAGUGAGCACCGGGGAGGGUGGAACAACGUGGUGCUCUCCUUGCAUGCCAUGUGCAACCACAUUAUUUUAUAUGUGCAGUUAUGAGUUGUUACAAGUUUUGACUUUUGUUCUUAUGUUGCUUUAACUUCUGAGUAGCCUUUAGACUGCAUAUUUAUUUUAUGUUGCUACUGCCAUAAAACUCAAAUGGCAACAAAUCAACAAAAUGAACAAACUGAGAUAUCUUAACCUUAUUGUCUAAUGAACUGGAGAAUAUUUUAAAUGUUGCAAAAAAUAUACCGAGGAAUGUACUUCUGUGAACUUGUAUUAACCUGUGAAUAAUGAUAAUGUUGAAUAUGAUUUCACAAAGGUUCUCUUAUUGUGGUCCUAAAGUGGUUCUUAAUAGGCUGUGGUGUGAUGUGUGUGGUUUGAGUCUAUCUAGCCAUGCUGCCGAAAUAAUCGCCUCCAACAUGAGUCAUUUAGUUUUGAAUUAAGCCAUGUGAAACGAUCCUCCUGCCGGUUUUAAAACGACACCACCAACUUCUAAAAUGCAAUUUAUGUGGGAGUAAAACAACAAUAACAAAAAAAGGCAUCCCACUGUGCAUAUCUUCACUUGAAUUUUAAAUUGUUUUGAAGUGCAGGACGGGAUAAAAUGACUCAAGUCUGAUAUUUCUGGUGAGGCGCUUUCCUGGAGGAGGAAGCAUGAGGGACACAUUAACUAAACAGCUUCUCAGUACAUUACUUUGUUAUGCAAAAAUGAUUGUAUUUGUGAUAUAAAAACAAAUUUUUUUUUAUUUUGUAAUAUUUGUGAUCAAAAGCUCUCAUCACUAUUAUUUUUUAGAUUUUUUUAGAUAUAUAUAUAUAUAUUUUGUUGUAUAUCCGAUUUCCCCAGUGGUAAUCUGUUUUUCCCUGCCUUUGUUGCUUCCUCCUCCUCUAAAACCUCCUUGGUAACCAUGCAUAUAAUCAGCGCUGUUCUGUGUCCUUGCAUGCGUACUAAGCCUUCCUUCGCAUCACAGUUGCAGUUGCCUCAAAGUAGUGAAUUAUAGCUUUUUUUUCCCGCUAGCCAUCGAAACACGUUGGUAAAAUUUUUAUUUUCUGAAUUAGGUUUGAAAAGCUGUAGGAAACUUUAAAAAAAAUACUCAAAGAAAAAGAGGGAAAUGCAUUUUGAACCUAAAUGAAGCAAUGUUUACAGUUGUGCAGUGGCUCAAACUAGGAAUUUAAUUUUAAGGAAUACAUCAAAAUGACUAGUACAUUCCAGGCUUGCAGGUGGACACGAAAGAGAUAUAUUAAAAAAAACAAAUUAAGAAACUUUCAAAAACCUUUUUUCAUGUAUAAUAUGCCUUCCGGUAACAUAAGGUUUUUCAUGCAUUUUGCAUUUGUUUCAUUGGGCAUAUUAUGCUAUACAAAAUGUUUUCAGCUCCCUAAUUUGACAGAAAUGUUAGUCAUACAAAAGGGGGUAAAAAAAAAAACUUUGCAUUUCAAUGUCUUUUUUAAUUAGAGGGAAAAUGAUUAGUAAAUUAAAUAUCCACAUGCAAUAACAGGAAAAAAUGUUUAAUUGUGUCAAGAGCAGGGUAGAAUUAAUUGUGAAGCUAACACCACUAUGCUAACUCUGUUUACAGCAAAAAAAACAAAACACAAACAUAUCAAGACAAUAAAACAGGAACUUUACAUAGCUAAAAGUGGGGAAUUUGCUUAUUCAAACUCAACAUUCAGAUGGCAUCCAUUUAAAGAUGGAACCAGAACUAAAUACAAGCCAAAGAUGUUAGCCGAAAAUUUUACUAGCUAAAGCUUUUAGCUACCAGCUCAGAAUAACAUGUGAAAGUACUGAAGCGAAAAGAGAACAGGCAUUUCCUUUGCUGAAAGUGAACAAACUUUACUUUCCAUGCUUUAGCAUAAAUAUUGUGACUAUUGACGAGCAUUAAAACUCAGAAAUGGAUUGUGUGCUUCUACCUGGUGACAUUUAGGGAAGUGAUUCUUUAUUUCUACUGUUUUCACAUUUCAUAGUUCUAACCCUGAAUGGGAUCUAGGCACUGCGUGGCGCUGUAGAUAUUUAGCUGUGGUAGGACUUUGCUACUGUAUCCAUAGUGUGCCAGCUAUACACUCUACACCUUAGAGGCUUUUGUGGUUUUGUGCCAAGUCUGUACUUCAGGUUUGAGACUUACAAGGUGUGCGUGAGUGUGUGUGAGCUUAUAAUACGCUUCAGAUGCGAAAGGUGUUGUGUGUCGUACAUUUAAAAGUUUACUGUCUUGCCUUGCACUUUACAAAGAAGCAAACUUAACGGGAAAAAAAAGACGUGUGUGUGUGUUAAGAUUUUUGAGUGUCUACGAGCAUUUUUUUAAAAAUUGAUUUGAUUACAAAAAUAUUUUAUUUAUGAAAAAUAUUUACGGAGAAAUGUGUUGGUAAUAUGUAAUAUAUAUAUAGCCAAUUGUAAAAGAAAUGAAUAUAUAUAACUGUAAAAACAAAUGUUUACUACAUUGGUGGUUUUGAAAUUACAUCACAGUUGCUUGAGUCAUUGCAUUAAACAAUAAUGCUGAUGAUGAGGAUACAUGUGAAUUUAAUUUCUCUUUCCCGGCAAUGUUAUGAACGUGUCUGAACCCAUUGGAGUGGAAAACGUAACCUCAAAGUCAAGGCUAUUUUAAAAUUAUUCAAACUUUAAGCCAACACGAUGAACAUUUGUAUUUUUAUUUAUAGACUUCUAACUGAUUGUUUACUUGAAAGCGAUUUCCUGCUUUGUGUUAAGCCAAUGUUUGGGUAGAUUUUUCUGUAUCUCUUAUCACAUGAACUAUAAAGGACUGUGAAGAUGUUGGUAAAUACACAUUCGAAAGCCAUUUUUGGGGGGGAAACAAGUUGCCUGUUUAGAAAUGAGUUUUACUUGAUUUUUUUUUUCAUAUAUAUUUCCCCCUCUUCUUGAUCACAUUUGUGUUCAAUUUAGUGCUUUUUGUUUUUCGUUUCAGGCUGCAAAAAUGUAAUCUUGGACUCUAUUCCAAGGACUUACCUGGAGCUGAGACAAAAAAAAGAAAAAAAGAUGGCUGAAGAACACAAAUUACACUCACGUUUGUGCAACAGUAUUAAGUAGACAACUUUGUGAACGCACCCCCCCCCCUUUUUCUUUUGAGCAGCCAAUAUAUCCCGAUCCUGCGCUCAACUCUGGAAAUCUGAUUAGAUGUUGCACAACAUUGUUCAUCGCGAGGUGUUUUAUUGUGUUAUCAUGUGCCGUGUGUAAUACGAGGAAUCAGUGCAACCCUCUGGAGAUUAAAUUAAUCAUUGAAGUGUGACGGUGGUGUCCAGUUAUGUCUUAUGCUCCUCUUUGAGUUUGGAAACAUCUUUUAUUUGGAAAGAGUGGUAAAGAGGAUCCUCUGUGUUGAGGCAUCAUGACCAGAUGCUAAUAUUUGUGGAUGUGUGGUGUGUUUUGUGGAUGAGCAUCAGGUCUCACUGGUUUGCUUAUGAUAGUUGCUUGCAUGACAGCUUAGAAAUAGUUGAAUGAAAGUUAUAGGCAGUAACUCUAAACUUAAGUUAACAGUAGGCGGAAAAAUGGAGGUCGUAUAAAUAGCAAACUGGAUUGUAAGUUUGCUCAUUGUGAACCAAUCACAGAUUGUUUUUUUUGUUUUUUUUUAGUUCAAGGUCAUAUUGAGCUAUGGUUUUUGGAUGAAUAUGAAAAUGCACUUGAACAAGAAAAAAAGAGCGAAUCAUCAGAGUUAUCAUCUAACCUUUCCACAGAGAGAUUUUUAUCACUUUAAUACCGUUCAUAAUUUAGACGCCCUACAAACCAAUCCAGUUUUUAUGGAACCAAAUUAGACAAAAGUCAUAUCAUUCUACAGUUGCCAAGCCCAACGGUCACUAUAGAAUUGGCAAAUCUACAACCUUUUUUUUUCGAAAAGUGGCAUGAAAUGAAUGUGAGGCAGAUAAAUAUUAAACAUUACCACUGACUGCUUUCAUGUGAAUUACCUGAGCUGCACUUCAUUUCUCGAGGGUGGCAGCACAGUGUUGUUUUUUCUUCUACAUCAACUAGUGAUGCAACCUGGACACAUCAUCAGUGAUGUUAUCUGGUUUCAU